GGGUACACCACGUGCGCUGUGCCAAUUCAUUCAUUCAUUUUUGCAGUUAGUUUAUGUUGUUGUUUUCCCUAUGUCUAUGUUGUUUAAAAUUGUUGUUCGAUUGUUCAACGGAUAUCCAUAUUCAAGCUCAUCCAAUUGAAUAGCCAACAAUAGUGUCAGUAGUCGACAACGAAGUGGAAAAUCAUCAUUCGUGUUAUUUUUUCUUCUCUGUGUAUUUUUUUCAUUGUCGUGUGGGGUGCAAAUCACAGUGUAUACAGGAAAAAAAAAGUGCAUCGCAAUAAAUGUGAGAAAAAUUACAAAAGAGAAAAGAUAAAUUAAUCAAAUUGGAAGGUAGAAACGCAGAACCAAAAAAGUUAUUCAAUUGUCUGUCUGUGUGUGUGCGUGCGUGCAAAAAUUUCGUAUCCAAAAAGUUUUUCCAGUUUGAAGGCAAAGUCAGAAUAAGGAAAUUUUUUUCGACCAAAAUUCAGUUUCAGGAGCGUUCAUCGAACUGAAAGGAAAAUUUACACACAGACAUUCACAAAAAUGAAUUGACCAAAAGGGAAAAAAAGAACUAAAUCGAAAAAAAAAACACAGACCAACGAAAAAUGCUAUACAAAUGAAAUGAAACUUGUGAAUGAGCUCACACAUCAUUUGCAGAAAAAAAAGUUGAUUAAAUAAAACUCUGUUCGUCCGACACCGGACUAUAUUUGAAUAUAGUUAAACACGAGAGAUUGCAGAAGCCGUGAGCUGUCCGAUUUUUAAAUGAUUGCGGCAAAUACAUAACAUUUGUAUAGGAAAUUAAAAUUCAUUUCAACAUACAAACCGUACACACAUCGAACGUGAUUUUUCCGAAGUAAUUCAGAAGCAGCACAACUAUAAAUUUUAAGACGAAAUGUCGGUCGAAGAAGCAGAACCACCGCAAUACAUAGUGACUGCACCGGGUGAAGAUAAUAAUGAUGAAGACGAUGAUAAAUCGUCGACGACGACCACCACAUCAACCGCAACGGCCAAAUCUACGGCCACCGCCGUAAAUGUCAAGACAAAUAAAACUCAUAAUACACGCAGCCAAAGUUUACAGUCAUCCACAACGGCCAUCACGGGUGAUCAACAAGCAUCGAAUACAUUGUUGUUGCAACAACAGCUCAAAGCCCAGUCCAGCAUGAACAUUGUGACGGAGAAACACGUGCAAAAGUUUUCGAGUACUCAAACAACGAGCAGUACGAGUAGUUCGACAUCGGCAAUUGGCACAAAAAGUAAAUUCACCAGCUUUUUACAGCAUCCUGAUACAACAUCGGCCACGUCACACGGUGCACAAUUUCUAACCGCACAACAAAAACAUGUCCGUCAAUUUGUGCGCUCAACAUCGGCACAUUCGUCAACGGAUAGCGCGGCUGGGGGCAUUUCCAUGUCGUCCAAAGCGGAAAAAUGUAUUCGCAGCACAUCCCAACAAAUUGACGAUGACAACCAUAGUUUUACCACAGAUUAUUCAAAAGGAUUGCAACAGUCGGCUGCCAUUCUAAUUUCCAAAUCCGCCGAAACGAUUGAGGGUUUUCGAUCGUGCUCAGCAACAACAUCGGGCAGUAUGCGUACUCAGCUCACAUUGAGCGGUGGCUUUUUAGCACCGCCGAACCGUAAACUCACCAUUCUCAGUCCGGUGCAUGCUCCACCCGGACUGCAUGAUCUACUCAAAAAGCAUCGGUCUCCACUAUCGCCACGAAUUAGUUUUCCAGGCACCGAUACCGAACUAUUUCCUUUUGAUGUUGAAAAUGGACAGGGAGCACGAUCACCGCUGGAAGGUGGUUCGCCGAGCGCGGGUCUUGUUUUACAAAAUCUUCCACAACGCCGUGAAUCAUUUCUCUAUCGAUCCGAUUCCGACUUUGAAAUGUCGCCAAAAUCAAUGUCUCGAAAUUCCAGCAUUGCAAGCGAAAGGGAAAGUCGGAGCAAUGUUGCAAAUGUUGCACCCAUACGUGAAGAGUUUAAAGAGCAAGAGCAACAGGUUUUAGCCGAGCGAUCCCAUGGUGGUGAGGACUUGAUUGUGACUCCGUUUGCUCAAAUUUUGGCCAGUCUUCGUUCGGUUCGCAACAAUUUUUUAAGCUUGACAAAUGUUUCAACAUCAAAAUCAAAGAGGGCGGCUGCUACACCGUUGAAUAAACCGUUAGCGCCGGGCGAUGAGCAAUACGUUCGCUUAGCAAUGGACACAAUGGAAGAGUUAGACUGGUGUUUAGAUCAAUUAGAAACAAUUCAAACACAUCGCAGUGUUUCUGACAUGGCAUCGCUUAAGUUUAAACGGAUGCUGAAUAAAGAGUUAUCACACUUUAGUGAGUCAAGCAGAUCUGGUAAUCAAAUCUCAGAAUACAUUUGUUCAACAUUCUUGGACAAGCAACAAGAAUUUGAUUUGCCAUCGCUACGAAUCGAUGAGAAUGAUAUUGCACAAAUGAAUGCGCAAAAGAACUCGAACCAGAACCAGAAUCAGAACCAGAACCGAAGCCGUUCACCGCGUUUCGGCGGUCCACCGAUGUCACAAAUAUCAGGUGUAUCACGUCCAUUACUCUCGCACACCAAUUCAUUCACGGGCGAGCGUUUGCCAACAUUCGGCGUUGAUACGCCGCACGAGAAUGCGCUCGGUACCCUUUUAGGCGAAGUAGACCAAUGGGGCAUCGAUAUAUUUAAAAUAAGUGAAUUAAGUUGUCUUCGUCCGUUGACAUGUGUCGCAUACACCGUGUUUCAGGGUAGGGACUUGUUAACAGCUCUUAUGAUACCACCGAAAACUUUUCUUGCAUUCAUGGCCACACUAGAGGAUCAUUACGUCAAAGACAAUCCAUUUCAUAAUUCAAUGCAUGCGGCCGAUGUCACACAAAGCACAAAUGUUCUGCUGAAUACACCGGCGCUCGAGGGCGUUUUUACACCGAUUGAAAUUUGCGGUGCACUGUUCGCCGCCUGCAUACAUGACGUCGAUCAUCCCGGUUUAACUAAUCAAUUUUUAAUAAAUUCAAGUUCCGAACUAGCAUUAAUGUAUAAUGACGAAUCUGUUUUGGAAAAUCAUCAUUUAGCUGUUGCCUUUAAAUUACUCCAAAAUCAAGGAUGUGAUAUAUUUUGUAAUAUACAAAAAAAACAACGUCAAACGUUGCGCAAAAUGGUUAUCGAUAUUGUUUUAUCAACGGACAUGUCUAAACAUAUGAGUCUGCUAGCUGAUCUGAAGACGAUGGUGGAAACGAAAAAGGUGGCUGGUUCGGGCGUACUUUUACUAGAUAAUUACACGGAUCGAAUUCAGGUGUUAGAGAAUUUGGUACACUGUGCCGAUUUGAGUAAUCCGACAAAGCCGUUGCCGCUGUACAAACGAUGGGUGGCCCUCCUGAUGGAAGAGUUCUUUUUGCAAGGUGACAAAGAGCGUGAAAAUGGCAUGGAUAUCAGUCCGAUGUGUGAUCGACAAAAUGCAACCAUCGAAAAAUCGCAAGUUGGUUUCAUCGAUUACAUUGUGCAUCCAUUGUGGGAGACAUGGGCCGAUUUAGUGCAUCCAGAUGCGCAGGAUAUUUUAGAUAUGCUCGAAGAGAAUCGUGACUAUUACCAAAGUAUGAUACCACCAUCACCGCCCCAAACUGACGAAGACACCACUGACGAUCGUAUACGCUUUCAGUAAACUCAUUUGUCUGGCUGCUUACAGAUAACCGUUGAAGAAUCGGACAAUGAAGACGAUGACGAUGACGACGACGACGACGACAAUGGCGAUGAUAAUGAUGACGAGGCAGCCGGUGCAAGCAGCAAUGCUGGUAAACCAUCAACUAGCCAAAAUCAAACGACCCAUACAGGAAUGUGACGGAGAGUAGUUGGAUUAUGUCGUAAGCUCACUGAAAAGGCGCACACAUUUCUACUAAUCAGAUGAGAUAAAAAAUAAACAACAUUGUAUUGGUGCGCGCCCGAUACCACCCACCAUCACCCCGUUCAUUUCUCAAACCAUAUCCGGAGAACAAACUCCAUUCAUGUAAAGAAAAAAAAAAGAAAAAAAAACAAGACAAAGCAACAACAACAAAAAAAUAUUUCAUCCAUCAUGCAUGCAUCCAUUUUGAAGUCGCUUGCCGAACAUUUCACACCGAAAAGAACUACCAACAAUGGAAAUAUUCUAAACAAAUGAACAUGUUAAUUUUAACGGACAUUUUUCUUUUCGCACAUACACUAACAGAAAAACCCCGACAAAAACCAGAAACAAAAUUUGUUUGAGAAAUCUAAUUUUUAACCUACAUACACACAUAUGAAAAAAAAAACAAUUCGUUUGAUUUUAUUCGUGAAAAGUAAAGUGAGUGAGCGUGUUUUAACUAAUUUACUCGUGAAAUCUGGAGUGCUAACAAUUUUAGAUAUAUAUUAUUGAAAGAAAAAAAAAUUGCAACAACAACAAAGAAAAAUCAAUGGAAAAAAACUCUAAUAAAAAAAAUUGUAAUUAGGAUUUUGAUGACGGUUACGAGAACUGUGAAAAAUUAACAAGAAAAAAAAAAGAAAAAUUAACCAUUGACUCAUAGGCAAAAUUAUUAUUCAAAAAACCAAAUUGAUAAAUUAACAAAAAAAAAACAAAUCUUCGACACGAAUUUUCUCAAGUAGAACUUGUGUGAUGAAAACAUGAAACCAAAACAAAUCAAUUGUAAAUUGCACAUUAUAUGAAAGAGAAACAUCUCUUAUUUCCAACAUUGGAGGAAAAAAUAAAAAAUAAAAACCAAUUAUGAUGAAGAUAAAAAAAAAUCUACUACAACAACAACUAAUUUAUUGAAAUCGUAACAACUAAUUUAAAUUCUAGCAUAAUAAUGAACUUGGUGUGCAUAGAACAUAAUGUAUCAUAAGAACUCUAAAUUUAACACACACACACACACACAAUUAAAUUCAUAGGUAUUGAAAUUGUAUAUUAAUAUUUAUUUUUAAACAACAGCAGAAAAAAAGCACAGAGCUGAAAAGAAAGAAGAAGAAGAAAAGAAAACAUGCGAAAAACUUACUUUCAAAGCAUUGAGACAGGCAAGAGCCGUGUAGUGACAGCACAGCAUUGUGAAGAAAUACUGAACUUAUUUUGAACUGUGUUAUCGGUUCAUUGUGCUGUUCGGAGCAGCCAAUUUAUUUGUGUUCCAAUUUGAAUUUAAUAUAAUGCGAAAAUAGUGUAGAGAGAAUUUUAGUCGCAGCGACAACGGAGAAGGUAAAAAAAAGCAGCCCACAAUCGUAAAGUGAAAAAUUAGUGAUACCCUUUUUGCCCACAGACAUAAACAUACACAUACACACAUUGGACAUUGUUCGAUUGGCUAAUCAAAUUGGUCGAUAGGGCUGUGGUUGUCUCAUUGAAAGUGAGAAUGCAGACCAUGAAAUCAUUGUAAAAAAAAAUACCACAAAAUAAUGAGCUUCUUAUAUUUAUGUGUAAAACUAAAUUAACUUAGACGAGAGAGAGACAAAUGUAUAUGGAAGAAGCAUAGGGAAAUCGUCACUUAUUUGUCGUGAUAAAAUAUGAUAGAACCAACAACAAAAAAUAAUAGACUCACUCACACACAUGCGAGCGUUCAAAUGGACAGAAAGGAAAAAAAAACGAACAGACUUAGCAUCAUAUACAUCAGAAAAAAUGAAUAGCAACAUACAUACAUAAAUUUAAUCCACAAUAAUCGAGACAUUUUUCGUCCCCAACGAGAGACUAACAAACACAAGAACACGAAUCAGUGCUUGGUAAAAACAGAAUAAGAAAAAAUAGUUUGAUGUGUAGAUUUCCAGUAGACAAAGAAAAACCUGCAUAAUUAAAAACCAGUAUAGAGGCAGUUAAUGUAUCGGCUUUGAUAAGAGAAACAUUUCUCAAACUAAACAUAAUUUUUAGCCAUCGUUUAAAAGUAGAUCAAUACAGAAACCAGAACACAGAGAAAAAAACCGCAGUUCAACAUUCGCUUCAGAGACAAAAAAAAACACAAACUUUUUGCAGACAACACAGCGCUGAUAUGGCUAUCGAAACAAAUCGGGACCUUAUUUCGAUAUCUAUUCAUUUUUUAUGUCCAUUCUGAAUGUUCAAAUCCGACAAUUUUCUUUCUAUAUAUGACAAACAAAAUCACAUCAUUUCAAUCAAACUCGAAGUAAAUCUUUUUUUUUUUUCUUUGAGAAUUCCCGCAAUUUCAAUCACACCUACAGUCGACCUCAUACGACAUUUCACCGCCCGACACACAUAUUCCUUCAUAUAGACACAAUUUUUGAGGAAAAUAACGAUGCCGUAAUUUUCCAAUCGAAAUGUAGUAGUUACGAUACCUACCCGCCCCCUUUUCCUCAUCGUUCAAACGAAACACUCAUCUUCAGCAACAUUUCUUCUGAAUAUUCACUCCGUUUUGAAACAACAUUUUUUUCACACGCAUCCAAUCCAAUAACUAAACAACAUUUUUACAAUAACAACAACAACAACAACUAAAAACGCCACCCCAUUUGCACCACAACAAUAUUUACUAGGAGAAUGCAAACAAUCUAUUUAUUAUAAAGUGAAUAUUUAUGCGUACGAACUUUGAAGUAAACCAAAAUUUAAAAGAGACAAAAAACCACAUCAAAUAAUAACAUAUAUUAAACGUAAUGAAAGAGGAAAACCAAAAAAAAAAAUCCAGUGAAAAGAAAAAUAAUCCCAAAAUGAAAGAUGAGUGAAGUGAGUGGGCGGUAAUCUCCAUUUUGCGGUGACUCCGUUGACAUUUUUUUUGCUGGAAUUGAAAAAAAAAUCAAGUUAAUAAAACUAAAAUUUAAUUAUAUUUAAACAUAAAGUGAAUACUAAUUCAAUCAAUAUACAAACAAACAAAAAAACAUGAAUAUUAUUAUGAUGUAAAAUGUAAAUGUAUAGAUAAAUUUAUUUUGUUGUGACGCUGGCGUCACAAUUUCUUGUAAUACUACAAUAUUCUAACAGCAGCAACAAAAAUAAAGAGAAAAAAAAAUAUAAAUUUGUUUUGAAUUGUUUUUUCUUUGUUUAUUUUUUUUUUUUGUUCUUGCCGUUGUUAAUUUGUUUUUCUUAAUUUGUUUAGUUUAUUUGAACGAUUUUGAAUGCCACAUUAUUUAAUGUACGAUUAAGAAACCAAACGCUAAAUUCAAAUGCAUCACAUCAGUUGAACGGGUAGCAGAAACAAAAAAAAAACAACAACAAAAGCAACAGUUUCAAUGAUAUACUAAUUGAAUUAUUAAAUGAAACAGAAAUAUGGAAACAAUUGUUUUUCAAUUUAUUUUAUUUUUUUCCGUUGGUGAUGGUGAACAUGUUGAAUUUUCAGAAGAAAGAAAGAAUAAAAAAAACAAACAAUUGAUAUUUGGUGUCUAAAACCACUUAUAAAAAAAUAGUUGAAAUGCACACUAGGUGAUACAAAAACCAAAAAAAAAACUUAAAGCAAAAAGGAGAGAAUGAAAGAACACUAAAUUAUUUGACAAACAAAUAAAAUAACGCCAAAAAAAUAUUCACAUGGAUUGAGAAAGAGAAAAAAAAGAGCAAAUACACUUGCAUGGUCUCGAACGAAAAAGAGAGAACAUAAUAAACAAAGAAACCAACCAAAAAACAAAUCUAAUAUAAAUACAACCAUUUAGAAUAGAGGCGUAGUUUUAAUCUGCAAGAAGCUAUUUGUAAUAAAUGUGUAAAAUAAGAAUUUCUUUUUAUUUCGAUCAGCGAUCAAUUCAUUGAUGGCCUCCGAUCGAAUGCCCAUACAAAUACCAUCCACAUCUGAAAUGAGAGUAGAAUUGGAUUCUUUAUAACAACUGAUUUGAUGAUUUCGCGCAACCACCCAUCCCACUCCACCUUCAUGUGGGGCCACAGUGUAGUCGGGGUGCAAUAUCAUUGAUACACACAUUUUAAUUUUUAGUCAAUCGAAGCAGCGUGUAAAUGUUCCUUUUUUCGGAAUAUCAUGGUGAUUUCGUUUUUCUCCGGCUAAGUCAUGCGGUUACCAAUUUCAAUUCAACUUAAAAAGACAAAAAAAAUAACGAGCUCUUCCUCGCAUCACAUUUUUAUAAUGUUCUUUUCUCAAUUUAACUUUGAUUUUCUCGUUUUAUUCAAUUCGAAUUUAUUUGGAUUCAAAUCGCCUGGACUGUCUCUAAUUACAUUAGUCUGUGAAAUGGCUAAAUUAAAAAAAAACGCUUAUUUAGAUAUGAAUUUCUUGUGAAUACAAUUGUAUAAUUGUAGGUACAUUUUGAAAAUGACGUACAUCUUCUCCGCCGAGAUCGCUGUUGCGAUCGGUAUGGGAUAUGUGACAAGUAUCGUUAUUUGGAAUUUACACUUUUCGAAACUAUACACAUUUGCCAGCUAAUUUACAUCUAAUUGAUAAAUUUGAAAGAGAGAAAGAAAUCCACACUCUGACACAUCUUUUAAAGAGAAAAAAUUCAUAAAUUUACCAACGUUUCGUUCAUUCACAUACAAACACAGAAAAAAGAAACUUCGUCCCAAAUUUCAUUUGAAAAACCAUUUUAUUGAUUGGUAAAUAGUUUAUAGUGCAUAAUUCCAUAUCACGACUUAACGAUUAGAAAGGAAUCUAUAAAAUAUGAAUGAAUGAAUGAAUGAUGAAGUCUGUGUGGAAAUAGUCAGCGAUUCAAAAAUAAAAACAAUUACAGUACCUUGAAAUAGCCCAUUCUAUUCACCGUUUUCAAUUUGUUUUCCCCUCAAAAUUAUUUAAAUAAACACUGUGAAAGAAUUUCUUCAAUCUAUUCUCAAGUUAUGCUUCGCAAACCUGGAAGCGUUUGAUUUUGUUCUGAAUUAAUCGUUGCUAAAACUUCAUUCAUUUGCUAUGCUAAGAUAUUGUAAAUAUCUUAUGAUUUUAUAACCCCCCCCCCCCCCCCGUCGUUCUCGUUAGUCGUUUUUUUGGCUUAUUUUAUUGUUUUGAAAAGGCGACACUAUUCAAAACAUGUAUAAAUUUAUCGAAAUCGUUUACCUUUCUAUUUAACCUCUACAUUAAAUGAUUAGUCUGAAAAUAAAAUGUUUAGUUUUGAACCAUUUUUCUCGGUUUUAGACAAAAUAUUGCGAAUGACUUUGUAUUUUAAAAAAAAAAUUGGGAAAAAAUUCAAUGAAUGAGCUGAGAUAUCAUGUUAUGUGUGCAAAAACUAUUUAACAAAGAAAAAAGAACACAAGAAUUGCAUUCAAACUGUCUUUUGAGAACUUUUUCUUUUCUUUACUGAACUCGUAAUUGUAUUUUAACCAAUUGAUUUAGAACGAGAUCCGUGCAAUGAGGUAAAAUUAUACGCAAAAUUUAAGAAGAAUUAAAUUUAAAACUAAAGAAGAAGAAGAAAACACACACAUGAAAUUGGACUGUUACUCAUCAAUACUUAGUGAUAAUGUUAUAUGAAAAUAAUACGAUUGUGAAAAAGAAGAACACUCACACACAUGGCAAACAAAAACAAUGGAAGAUAUACAUAUACAAAAAAAAAAUGGAAACCUUAUAAAUGGAAAAUAAGAUGAAUAAUAUGUUUGUUUAAAUUAUUAACUUUCAAAUAAAAAAAACAUGUUGUUUUUUUCUGAAUUGUA